AUGGGUUCACUGCCUUCGAACCGAGACUCCCUGGUAUCUUCUGCCGUUGGCUUCCUCCAGGACCCCACGGUAGCAUCCUCACCGCUCGCCAAGCGGAUCGCCUUCUUAGAAUCCAAAGGCCUGACUUCUUCGGAAAUAGAGGAAGCGCUUCGUCGUGCUUCUAGUCUCAGUACAUCUCAAAACGCCUUCGCUGCUGGAUAUCGGGGACCCUAUCAAGCUGAUCGUGAUGCGACGGACUGGCGAGAUUGGUUUGUGAUGACUGUGAUUGGUGGUGGUGUAGGUUACCUGCUCAUCAACCUUGCCAAGAAAUUCCUGCUGCCGGCUUUGAAACCUCCUACGCAGACAGAGCUCGAAGAAGCGCAAGCCAGACUUGAACAAAAAUAUGACGAGGUUUCGGGAAUAUUGCAGACAAUCCAAGCCGACACAGAGAUUGUGAAGAGGGAAAUAACUGAACAAACGGAGAAACUCGGUCUAGCGAUGAAGGAGGUUGAAUCGGCAGUCGAGGAGUGCUUGACGGGGGAAAUCAAGCGAGAUCAAGAACUUCAUAGCGUUCAGCAGGAGGUUGAAGGACUGCGGACAUCAGUUCAACAGAUGUUCCAAUCGAAUAAAGAAGCUCAGACGGCUGCCAUUGUGGAUCUGCAAACGGAGCUCAAGUCGCUGAAAUCACUUAUGACUGCUCGGCCGGGUCCAUCAUCGAACCUUCCGGCCUCAUCAACCAACGGUGUAUCCGUCCGCUCCCCGCAAACCCCAUCGGGGUUAAACUCAUUUGGUAUCCAGCCUCAAGCCAGUUCGCUCUCUAAAUUCAAUACCACCCGACCAGUUGGAAUACCUGCAUGGCAGCUGGCCCCUGGUUACAACACCACCCUCGCCAACCAGACCUCUAAUAAUGGGGAUCAUAGCUCCAAUCAGACCGGCUCGACACCUACACCAUCAGCAUCUGGAUCCUCUCCCCAAACCAAAACGCUUAGCUACAGCAAUGGAAACGGAACCGGGAACCUCGAUGAUCACAACCGUUCUGGCACCGCCACCCCAGAACUCAGCAGUAGUCGGCAGAGUUUGGUGGAAGAUGAUGAUGAUCACAUCAUCAACAGUAAAUAUACGACGGAUAGUCAAAAUCAAUCUAUUAAUGAGCCCAUGAAGGCUUCGGUGGAUGGUCUUCUGAGCUAG